AUGGAUGAACAAUCAACAAGUAAUGAUGAUAUUAGUGAAAAGUUUAGUGCACUUUGCUCUAUAACUAAUAUACGACCAAAAACUCGUCAAUGGUCAUUGGAUGAUUUCGAAAUUGGUCGACCAUUGGGUAAAGGUAGAUUUGGAAAUGUCUAUUUGGCUCGAGAAGUUGAAUCCAAAUUUGUCGUUGCUAUUAAAGUUGUAUAUAAAUCACAAUUGGAUCAAAAUAAUUUGAAAUUGCAAUUACGGCGUGAAAUUGAAAUUCAGUACCAUUUAAGACAUCCAAAUAUUCUUCGCUUAUAUGGUUAUUUUCACGAUGAAGAUCGCGUUUACAUGGUGUUAGAAUUUGCGCCAAAAGGAAGUCUCUUUGACAAACUUCAAGUGAUGAAAACAUUUUCACCCGAAUUAGCUGCAAAAUAUAUGUAUCAGUUAGCAUCAGCUAUGGAAUAUUGUCAACAGAAGAAAGUGAUACAUCGAGAUUUAAAACCUGAAAAUGUUUUAAUUAGUGCAAAAAAUAUUUUAAAAAUAUCAGAUUUUGGAUGGUCAGUACAUGAACCUUCAUCAAGACGAAAUAUCGUAUGUGGUACAUUGGAUUACUUAGCACCAGAAGUGGCACCCGAUAAAACGCAUGAUUUAAAAGUUGAUAAUUGGUCGUUAGGUGUUAUGCUGUAUGAAUUCUUAGUUGGUAGACCUGCAUUUGAAGCUAAGACCGUGGAACGAACUCUGAGCAAUAUUCGCAGUUGUAAAUAUACUAUACCAGAUAGUGUACCAAAUGGUGCAAAAAAUCUCAUAUCAUGCCUACUUCAAAUAGAUCCAACGAAACGUUUACCGUUAGCAGAUGUUCUAAAGCAUUAUUGGAUUCAAGAAAUGAUUACAAAAGAGUGUAGCGAGUAG